UUAUCAGCUCUUGCCCUGCAUUGUUUUUACAAUUCACCUACCUCAGUGAACUUUCUUCAUGUGAUCAAUGUUUAGCUAGAACAUUAUGGCUUCUUUUUAUUACAGAGACCAAAGGUCUUUUGCAAGCCCCAUUCCUGUAAGACAUCUCUAAGCAGGACAAAUAUUCUUCCUCAAGGUACAGAGAGGAUCAUGGCUUUGAGUAUACUGCUUUUGCUGUGCAUGGGAACGCUGUCGUCUUCGACUGAUUCAGUGGAGGUCAACACCGCGCAGGACGCUGUGGAUGCCACUAACAAAAUGUUGAAAAACAUCUCAAACACUUUUCCCCAAAAUGUCUCUAAGCUAAAGCUGAGUCAGAACCUCAUAGAACUGUCCGGCAAAGAUAUGGCAAUUCUGAGCACAUACAAGAAUCUGACUGAACUCCAUCUCGACGGCAAUGCCAUCACUGCCCUGCCUGCCAAUCUCCUCACCAGCCUCCCUGAGCUGAGGAUCCUCAACAUCUCCCACAACAACAUCAGCGUGCUGGAGCCCACGGCCCUCUCUGGGCAGACCUCCCUGACAGAACUGGACCUCUCCUACAACCACAUAGUGUCACUUCCUCGGGGGGUGUUGGUAGGGUUGCCUAGGCUGGAGACACUUCACCUGCAGGGCAACAGUCUCAAAAAUCUGGAGAAGGAAACUGUCUUAGCACUAAAGAAAUUACAUCGGUUGGUUCUGGAGGACAACCCCUGGGAGUGUUCUUGCGAGUUUGUCAGCCUCAUGAGAGUUUUUAACAGCUCUGGUAUACUACGAAGUACUCAAGCAACGUGUAUGACACCACCAGAACUGCUUGGCAAAAGCAUCCUAAACGACACUGUGUGUUUCUUAAAAUCAUCGAAGGCACCUUCUCUCACGGUCACUACAUUGAGCACUACACUCAAAAGCACACAGAGCAGUACUCCACCAAAAAGCAGCAGCGACAGCCUCUCAAGUAAAGACCCAGUGAGUGGUGAGGGCACUGGCAGCGGUGGAGGAACCACUAAUGGGGGCAUCCCAUUGGUCGGGAACACCUGGAAGUUCCUGGUUGGGGUGGUAGUCAUCGCCCUCAGCACGUCUGUGCUCAUUGUGUGUGCCGUGAAGUCACCCUCCUGGUACAAACUGCUCUUCAACUACCGGCACCAACGCCUACGCGAGGAGGAGGGAGCCAAUGUCUGGGCCACGGGCCGGUUUUCCAACUUCAGCCUGGAGACGGAGCAGACGGAGACCAGCGCCCAUGAGCUGGAGGAGGGGCUGGACUGCGAAAUGCAGGAGGACGAGAUGGAAGACGAGGACGGCUUUAUAGAGGACCGCUACAUCGAGCCGGGGGACUACAAAGACCAAAAUGAAUCCUGAGGAACUGUGAUGUCUGGUAUGUCUAAUCGGACGAGCAAACUGAGACAGCAGAGGGCUUCCACGUGGGAUUUUGAAAAUAAGUGAGCCAUCACCUGAAUAUGUAGGACAGUGUCUGGAACAGGCUCUCUCCAUCUAGGAGGAUGUGUCUGUAUUUAUGAUAUGAACUCUCCACAUCCAAGUGGCCCUGUGACCUGAUAGAGCUCUAAGCCAUGCAGAGACCGCUGUGCUAUGCUGUAUCACUCAUCAUGCAGUGGAACUGAACUAAAAGCAUAACUGAAAUCGUUCAUGAUUCCUAAAGAUGCAAGUGAGGGGUAUGUGUGUUUUGGUGUGUUGCGAUGAGAUUUUUGGAGAGCACUGUUUUGUGCCAGUCGAAAAUAAGAUAUCAAAAAAGGUUUUCCUAGGUGGACACUGUAUUGAACACCUGAAUGUGACUGAUCAAUUUCUGGUAUUUGAAAGUUGAUGUAUGUAUGAUGACAUCACUGAAUUUAACCUUUAACAGGUAAAUUCCAACACAUGGAAAUGCUGAUGUUCAAUGAUCACCGUUAAUGUUUACUUCCUGUUCUUAAGCAACCCUGCCUGCUUGUCACUGCUGCAGCGGAUAUACUGUGAGUGUAAAUGUGUUAUCUUAUUCAGCACUUUAACAGAAAAUUAAUCUACAUUUGACGGGCUAUUAUAAGCCACCAGUCUUUUCACUGAAGAGAAAUAAUAAAAAAAAAAUGUAUACAUGUAUCAAACUUACUCUCUCCUCUCAGUAAAUAUGACAUCCAUGCUUUUGGCCUCUCUGUCAUUCUGGGCUCUCAACUGAAAAAAUUAAGAAAUAAAUAUAUGAAUAUAUCAGUAA